AUGGUAAGUCAGAGGCUGGAAAUUUGCUUGGGUCUGCUGAAAAUGGCCUUAGAGUUUGUGAUGGUGUUUUUUGAAGCAGUUGGCAAAAAAUUGUUUUACUGUAUGAGAAAGGAUUUCAUGACUAGUUCGAGUUGGACGGAUAAUCAAGAUAAGGCAUCAGGGGUGGGCUUAACAAGAACCCACUGCCCAUCAGACUUCCUCUUCACUUGCAGGCCCCCAACAUCGUCUUGGGCCAGUAUUGUCAGGGCUCCAGCAUCCUUGUGCCGGCCCACGCCAAGGGCCAGACAAAAAGUACCUCAUUUUAGGAGGAUAUUCCGGCCAGUGGUUGACCAUCUCCUUCAAACCCUCGUCGCCGGGGACGUGAUUUGCCGGAAUCACCGUCGGCACCUGCACUGUAAAAUCAAAUACCUCCUUCCAAUCCCUCACGUUCUUCGUGUGCUCCGUAUCUACCCCGUCGGGUUCACCUCGUCCCGGGCCACCUUCCUCUUCUCCUCCUUCGGCAGCGCGAAAAAAUCUCGGGCCGCCGAUUCGAUUCGCCGGAGGGAAUCCGGCGGCACGCCGUGGUUGACGACCUGGAAGAAGCCCCAAUUCUCGCACGCGCCGCCGAUCGCGUCGAUCAGUUGCCGGAGGGCGGCCGGGUCGGGCUCCGGCGAGCUGAGGGGCGAGAGGUCGAUUAGGGGGAUGUUGUCCGCCUCGAUGGAUUCGGGUUCGGGCCGGUGUUCGGGGGCCUGGAUGAAGGCGGGAUCGACUUCUAAUCCCAUGGCGGUUACUUUUCAUAAGCAGUUUGAUACAUUGAACCUGGACGCAGAGGAUGGGGACGUUAGAACAGAGCAAAUGGUUACGUAA